AUGCAACCUCCCGCACGAUUCCGCCCCCAACAAUACAACUCUCCAGAUCUAGUACAACGUCCAAACACGGCCGAGCCUACUUCUCGGGCCCUCUCCUUUGUCUCUCCUUGCAAUGUGCAACGACGUUCGACCAAAUCGGCGGAUCCUGCAUUGCGUUACUAUGAUCCGUAUUGCUUCAAUCAAUUGGCUGCGGGCCGCAAGUGCAGUGUUACACGCGAGAUAUCGGUAAUCGAAAUCUCUGUACCUGUACCACAAAAGGUUGAGAAGAUGUGGAGAGGUGAGAUUGAUGGAGAUACGACGUCACAGACAGAUUUGGGGAAAUGCGUUAAGCCCAGACCUUCAUCUUCCGGUGUCACAAAGGCUCGGUCCGAGUUCUUAUGCCAACCUUGA